UUACUCCUUAGUGGAAAGGCUUCUCCCUUGAAUUUAAAAAACUAUAUAAUUCGGGUGUCGCUUUUCCUUUAGCACCUAGUCAUAUUGGGGUUCUGCUGGCAACCAGAAUUUGGCCAUGGCUUCCUUUUACUGGAAUUUUCCAUGCAUUUAUUUCUUCGAGGCUGGUCAGAUGAAGAAACCAGCCGCAAGUAAUAUAUACUAGUUGGGCCAAUUUGAUAUUAUUUUUAUUUCGAGAUCUUUGUCUAGAUGGGACUUUGCGCCUUCUCACUCAAGUCGCUCGGUCAUGUAUGGUAGCUAAACACUUCCUUCUGUGUGUCAUGGGAUUAACCUUUCUAUCUGGUGUUCUGCCCAAAGGAAUACAGGGAGGUUCUUCUGUCGGGGUAUUAGGUUCUUCUAGUUGAGUGUGUGCACUUUGUAGUGUAGCGUAGUGUCGUUCUAGGCCUAAUGGGGAGGCUAGGUUUUGACAGGGUUUUGGAUUGUUUCUCUCUUUCAAUUUCUCCAAAUUCUUGUCUUUGCAUGAAUCCCAUGGAAGAAAAAGACAAUCUUGAGAGAGAUGCUCUGAUGAAAAGUCACGUAGAGGAGAUGUUAAAGCUUAGAGAUAUUGUUGAUGGAAGCAAGACACUGGCUUUUCAUCUUGAGCCCAAGACUGUAGUUUUAAGGGUGUCAAUGCAUUGCAAUGGCUGUGCAAGAAAGGUGGAGAAACACAUCUCAAAAAUGGAAGGAGUGACCUCCUUUGAAGUAGAUCUGGAGAACAAGAGGGUGGUUGUGAUGGGGGACAUCACUCCUUUCGAGGUAUUGGAGAGUGUUUCCAGGGUCAAGUUUGCAGAGCUAUGGGUGACUCCUCAGCCAUCCAGAAGUCAACUGCUUGACGAAGGCACCAACACAAACUCCACCAUCUCUCACUGACAGAUCAUUUACUUUCAUGGAAAUUGUAGAUUCUUCGCAGAGAGGCAAAGCCACUUUCAUGGAAAUUGUAGAUUCUAUGCAGAGAGGCAAAGCCAUCUCUCUGGAACCUUGCACCCGCUCUCACAUAUCUUGUCCUGUGUCUUUUGUCUUGUUACUAAGUUCAGUUGCUUUACUUGGUCCAGGGGUUUCCUUGGUGAUGAAGCUAGAUUUUCACAUAUUUUCCCUCUUUAUUUUAUUUGGGAAGUAGAAAAAUGUCCAUUGCUGCUAUAGGAUUCCAAGCACAAACAAUUGUUGGGCAUCAUCUUAGCUAUAGAUAUCCAUCACUGUUGCAAGGCA